CUUGUCUGAAGGGUGGGCCGAUCCUCAAGGAAGGACUACGAAUCCCUGCAAGCAUAGCGCGACCCAGGAGGAGGAGCUCAGAGCGGUCCAGCCUUGAAGAGCCAGGCAGCCCUCGCCCGGUUUGGGUGGCCAUGGGGAAGAGAUACUUCUGUGACUACUGUGACCGCUCCUUCCAGGACAACCUCCACAACCGGAAGAAGCACCUAAACGGGCUCCAGCACCUCAAGGCCAAGAAGAUGUGGUACGACAUGUUCCGAGAUGCGGCCGCUAUCUUGCUGGACGAGCAGAACAAACGGCCUUGCAGGAAGUUCCUGCUGACAGGCCAGUGUGACUUUGGCUCCAACUGCAGAUUUUCCCACAUGUCCGAGCGAGACCUGCAGGAGCUGAGCAUCCAGGUGGAGGAGGAGAGGCGGGCCAGAGAGUGGCCACUCGAGCCAGCCGAGCUUCCCGAGGGCCACCUGGAGGACUGGCUGGAGAAGAGAGCCAAGCGGCUGAGCUCAGCCCCAAGCAGCAGGACCGAACCCAUCAGAGCCACUGUCUUCCAGUACCCUGUGGGCUGGCCACCAGCACAGGAGCUGCCCCCCUCUCUGCGGGCACCCCCACCUGGAGGGUGGCCCCUGCAGCCCAGAGUCCAGUGGGGCUGAGCCCCUCUCUCCCACCGGACUCCCGGCCAGUCAGCUAUCCCACCAGUCACAGUAGAGACAGCUGCUCAGCUUACAGAUGGCCAGCCCCCUCCUGCUGUCCCCUGGAGCCCUCAAGACUGUGGACCCAGCCUCCCCUCCUGAUCCACCCACCCACCACCUCACGGCAUGUCUUUAGAAGACGGAUGAGACAACGUCCAGAUGUUUAUAAAGAAACUGUCCUCAUGGUGGUUUGGCCACA